UCCCUUCCACCGCUUUAAAACCACUGCAAGGACAUAACGAGAGAGGAAAUCCAGCAGAAUCCAGAAGAAAAGAGAGACGGUUUUCCGUUCUCGUCGGUGAUGAUUCUGAUGAAGAACAGACAGACAGCUGCGUGGAUGGACAGGUGAGGAGGAGGAGGAGGAGGAGGAGGAGGAGUUGAGGCAGACUAACUUCUGGACGCUCCGGCGGAGACGCGGUUCAGUCUCGGCUUCACUCCUCCGUAAACCUCCUGCUGCUCCGCGGUAAGCUGAUUAAACUAAUGGAGGUGAUUCACCGGGACCGGAUCUGCGGCUCCCGGAUCAUUUCACUCAUCUCCGCGGGAUCUGCAGCUCCCGUCUCCUGGCGUUUGUGUCCGCAGAUCUCCGUCCUCCGCCGGCGGAUCCAGGUUCCUGCCUCCAACUCGCGCCCCGCGGAGGAGGAACUCUCAUGUCGUUUCCCUCCUUCGUUUGUCGAGCAUCUGGUCUCCGACGCCAGGGUCGAACCGAGAAAAGUGAUGUGAGCGCUGCAUUCGUUCUGGAAUCAAGCGGCUUCCUCCUUCACGCCACUUUUCCUCCUCUGCGGAUUUUUAAACUCCAGCGCCCGACGGAGCCUCGCUGCGGCGUUUCUGUGUUUUAUUCCGGAUUUGAAAUGUUUCUGGCUGCGAUUGUCUCCCACCUGGAUUCUCCCGGGGGGUUCGGCUCCGCUUUGAAACUCUCAACGGAAGAAAUGCAAACUGACGUUUUACUUCUGCACGCUGAAGAAAUUGAGAGCUGGUCCUCACGGAUCCUGCAGAGCCACCCAGUCCUCUGGUUCUCACAGUUUUCCUGGUUUAUUGCCUUGGACUGAACAUCCUGGAACCCGUGGAUGUGUGUUUCAUCUCCCACUUUCUUCCAGAUCAUUGUGUUGGUGUGUUUUCGGUUUUUCUGCUGCGAUGAAGAAACUUCCCUCAUCCACUCCCCUUUUCCAUUUUGUGUGAAAUUAAAUUUAGAGGAGCUGAGGCAAGAACCCCAGAGGACAAGUUACUUCUUCUUGUUUUCCAGGUCUUUUCCAGGAAGGGUCUCUAGGGCUUUAAAGGACUAAAAUGUGAGGCACCCAGGGAAACCUUGAUGUGCCUCAACACCCCAAGGAACUCAAGAACAAGAACCCCAGAAUGACCCUUUUGGACCCUGAAAUAAAUUCAGGUUAUCUCGUUCUAAAGCAGUCCUGGAGGAGCCUUAAAAACCCCCUCUGAGAAAUUCUAGAGGAACCCUCAAGACCCUGAAAUCUAAGUAUCACGAGGAACCCUGAACCUCUGACCAAUACUGCAAACCCUAGAGGAACACUGAAGAACCCCUUUGAGAAACUUUAGAGGGACCCUCAAGACCCCAAAGAAAUCAAGGUACUGUUGAGAUUCUGGAGGCACCCAGGAGUGAAACUCUAUAGUAUCCCAAGGAACCCCAGAAGGACUCUAAAGACCACAAAGACUCUUUGGGAAGCUCUGAGGAUUACUAUAGCUCAUAAAGGGACCCUUAGAACCUCAGGAAAUCGGGAUUGCGGAGAAUACUUGGAGUAUGUUAAUAGACCUUGAAGAAGCCAACACAAAACUCUGUAGUGCCCUUAGGAACCCCCAAAGACACCCAGGGGACCCACAAGACCCUAAGAAAAUCUGGGGACAGCGGAAGACCUUGAGGAUCCCAAGAGUUUAGUUCUUUGAGGAACCCUAUAGGGACCCUCAAGAUCCAGAGGAAAUCUGGGGACCACAGAGGAACUCCAAUCAGUCUAGAGGAACUCUGAGGACUACUAAGGCCCCCCCCCCACAGGAACAAUGGGCACCCUGCGGGACUUGCAGUACGCCCUUCAGGAAAAGAUAGAGGAGCUGCGGCAGCGAGACGCACUGAUCGAUGAGCUGGAGCUCGAACUGGAUCAAAAGGACGAGCUGAUCCAGCGGCUGCAGAACGAGCUGGACAAGUACCGGUCCGUGAUCCGACCUGCCACCGCCCAGCAGGUCCAGGCCCAGCAGCAGAGCCUCGUCUUACAGCCGGACCAGCACCGCAGCAAGAGGCAGGCCAUCUCCGCAGAGCCCACUGCCUGUGAUAUCAGCGCCCUCAGCCACGUCACCCUGCCCUUCUACCCCAAGAGCCCAGAGUCGAAGGAGCUGAUAAAGGAGGCCAUCUUGGACAACGACUUCAUGAAGAACCUGGAGCUGUCUCAGAUCCAGGAGAUCGUGGACUGCAUGUACCCGGUGGAUUAUGGGAAAGACUCCUGCAUCAUCAAAGAGGGCGACGUGGGCUCUCUGGUCUUCGUGAUGGAAGAGGGAAAGGUGGAGGUGACUAAAGAGGGGAUGAAGCUGUGUACCAUGGGACCGGGCAAAGUGUUCGGAGAGCUGGCCAUCCUCUACAACUGCACCAGGACGGCUACUGUCAGGACUCUGACCCACGUGAAGCUGUGGGCGAUCGACCGUCAGUGCUUCCAGACCAUCAUGAUGAGAACCGGACUCAUCAAACACGCGGAGUACAUGGACUUCCUCAAGAGUGUUCCCACCUUCCAGGGUCUUCCAGAGGAAACUCUCAGUAAACUGGCCGACGUCAUGGAGGAGACUCAUUAUGAAGAUGGGGAGUACAUCAUCCGACAGGGGGCCAGAGGCGACACCUUCUUCAUCAUCAGCAAAGGAAAGGUGAACGUGACCCAGGAGGACUCAGCUAAUCAGGAACCGGUACACCUCAGAGAGCUCGCCAGGGGAGACUGGUUUGGAGAGAGAGCGCUACAGGGGGAGGACGUCAGGACGGCCAACGUCGUCGCUGCCGAGACCGUCACCUGCCUGGUUAUCGACCGAGACUCCUUCAAGCAUCUGAUUGGUGGAUUAGACGACGUCUCAAAUAAAGGUUACGAGGACGCCGAAGCCAAAGCCAAAUAUGAGGCAGAGAACUCCUUCUUCUCCAGCCUGAAGCUGAACGACUUCAACAUCAUCGACACGCUGGGAGUCGGCGGCUUCGGACGCGUCGAGCUGGUGCAGUUGAAGAGCGAGGAGGCGAAGACGUUCGCCAUGAAGAUCCUGAAGAAACGUCACAUCAUCGACACGAGGCAACAGGAGCACAUCCGCUCUGAGAAACACAUCAUGACCGAGGCGCACUCCGACUUCAUUGUCAGGUUGUACCGGACGUUUAAAGACAGUAAAUAUCUGUACAUGCUGAUGGAGGCCUGUCUGGGAGGAGAGCUGUGGACCAUACUGAGAGACAGGGGUUCGUUUGAGGAUUCAACCACCAGGUUCUACACGGCCUGUGUGGUCGAAGCCUUCGCCUACCUGCACGCCAAAGGUAUCAUAUACAGGGACCUGAAACCUGAAAACCUAAUACUGGACAGCCGGGGAUACGCCAAGCUGGUGGACUUUGGAUUCGCCAAGAAGAUCGGUUUCUGUAAGAAGACGUGGACGUUCUGCGGGACGCCGGAGUACGUCGCUCCAGAGAUCAUCCUCAACAAGGGUCAUGACAUCUCAGCAGACUACUGGUCUCUGGGCAUCCUGAUGUUCGAGCUGCUGACCGGCAGUCCUCCGUUCUCAGGUCCAGAUCCGAUGAAAACCUACAACAUCAUUCUGAGAGGAAUCGACAUGAUCGAGUUCCCCAAGAAGAUCACCAAGAACGCCGCCAACCUCAUCAAGAAGCUCUGCAGAGAUAAUCCUUCAGAGAGACUUGGAAACCUGAAAAACGGGGUCAAAGACAUCCAGAAGCACAAGUGGUUUGAAGGUUUUAACUGGGAGGGUCUGAGGAAAGGAACUCUGACUCCACCCAUCAUACCUGAUGUUUCCUCUCCAACUGACACCAGUAACUUCGACAGUUUCCCUGAAGACACAGACGAACCGCCGCCUGAUGACAACACUGGAUGGGACUAUGACUUUUAAAGUCCCACCCACCAGCUCACACCCAAACCCAAAGCCUGAAACUCUACCCUGCCCUUUCGUGGACGUUUCGACCAGAAGGACCUUGCUGUAACUGUCUUCUUUUUAAGCAUGGCUGGACCCUUUGGGAAUCAAGCCCCCAAUGUUUUGUAGCCACAUUGUGUCCCCAGAUGAUGAGUACUAAGGGUGCAGGAGGUUUUAAAUGGAAAAGGACUGGAGGUCCCUCAUUGAUCGCAUUGGUCUAGUCUGUUCCCUCUAAUGGGAGGAAUCCUGAGCUGCCAAAAAAGCGGAGAGCAGGAAGAUGAAGUGGUUCAAGAAUCAAAACAAACUGCCUGUUCAUGUCAACAGCUUGUCCUCGUUUCAAGGACCAGGGACAAUUUUUUAAUCAAGUUUCUCAGAGUAAGGAAUAGGUCCUAGGAAUUCAAGUUACUCAUGCCUGAUCCAAAGGGGUAGAAGCGUCUUCUUGACUUUUACAACAUGGGAAAGUCAUCCUAGCCCCUCCAGAUUUUAGAAAGCUGUCAGAACUGAGGAACGUUAUCGUUCCAUUGUCAAAAUGUGCCAACGAUCCAGAAAAGACGUUUUUUGAACCUUGGGAAAGUUUAACAAUUAGCUGUAAUGGACAGAGUUGGGGACCUUGCUUUAUGUCCCAUAUAUUGCUGCAAACAACCAUUUAUCAAGUUUCUAAGAACAGGAAACCAGUCCUAGAAAUCUUAGUGUAAAUCAUGUGUGGUCCUUUUCUGAAAAAAGGUACAAGCAUGUUUAUGACUUUAACAUACUGGGAAAGUCAUUCCAGCUCCUUCAGAUUUUAGAAAGCUGUCAAACCUCAACUCCACAAAAAUGAGCCAACAGUGCAGUUUUUUUUUGCAACACCUAGGUGUGACUCAGACAAAUAUGAACCCAGAAAAACACAUCCAUCAGCAGUCAGUCACACAUUAUAGGCCUUGUUUAAUGUCCCAUAUAAUGCUGCAACAAUCAGAGGAAGCUUGGAUGUCCAUCAGUUCAUUAGUUAGCCAGAAAUCUGAUGCUUAAACCCGUCAGUGAAGCUAUCUGAGGCUGAAGCGGGUGCAUCUGAAGGUGUCGAGUGAAACCAAGUUGUCCCAGAAAUCAAAGUGCUUCCCAGAGGACUGGACAAAAGUGGGAAAAGUAUUUAAUCCAACUGACAUACAGUAAACCUGAAGCAGAUUAGUUACAGCCUAAAGGUACUGAUUGGUUUCUGGGAGUCUGGCCACAGUGGGUGCAGGAAUAUUUAUGGGUUAGCUCUCAAUAGCGCCCACAGAUUAUUUUUUGCUACAGGCCCCCCUUGUGGUUAAACUAGCCCUGGCAACAGAGGACCUAAGAUGGUUAAAAACAAUUGAGAACAAACUCAUGUCUCACAUUUCCAGUUUCCAGAAGCUGACAAAAAGGCUUCGAAUCCUCCCUUGCUGCAGCCAAUGGAGAGCCUCUGCUCCUGUCAAGUGUCCUUGAUCACUGGUUGACACUUGAACUUUGACCCCUCUGAGGGAGAUAGUUCUACUACUACCUGUCCUGUGUCAUCUGGAGUUUGUUUUUUCUGGUCUGCAGGGGUUUUUGAAAGUUCUUAGGGACUUUUCUGACCCUCCAAGCCAAAGGUUUGGCUCUUCAAUAUCAGGCUGGAGGAUGUACAGGUUCCCCGGUUGCAGGAUUAACCCCUGGGCAGAGUGACAACAGGAAUCCACAUACCAUAAGAGGAAAAGUGAACUGAAAACUGAUCAGACAAGCCACCAUCGUCACCAUGAUGCCUUCACUUCUCAUCGCAUUUUCGGGAACUUAAAAUCCAAAGACAGAAAGACAGCAGCUGUUUUUGCCCCCUAGUGGAUGAUGGGGGAGGUGAUAUGAACAUUUCUACUUUUAAACUUUACUUUCUAUCAUUCUUUAUGUUGUGAAUCUGUGAAUCUCAGCAUGAGAUCAGAUAUUUUGUACAUAUUUUCUAGACUUCCUACAUAUUUUUGCACACAGCAACAAACACUCCAUUCUCACAGACACUUGCACAACUUGGUCUUGACACACUUUAAAAGACACAAUGAGAAAAUUAACCAAGCAGGUUUCAGGAUUGUUCAGAUGUUGCAGAAAUGGAUCUGUCACUUCCUGUUUAAAGAGUAGUAAGAGAGUGUUUCUAAGUCUCAUGAUCUACUUGCUUUUUAACAACUUGGUUCCAGACCUCUGAUUCGCCAGCUCCAUCUGAUUUGUGUAGUGAUUCAAACAGGUCUGGCGUUGGGCUCAUUGUUUCCCUAGGUAUAAAAAGAAAAAAAAACACCAAUCAGAACUGGAGGCAGGAUUAAGAACCGGAGCCAAAAAAAGGGUCGACACACCACAGGUCUUUGUACAGGGCCAGAUAUGCUGCAUACUUGAAGACGGACAUGGUUCAGUUUAUCUGCAUUAAGGUCCUGCGGAUAUGGACAUGUUCACACGUUUGUCAGCGACACGGUCCUCAUGGAGCCUCACAGAUACGGGAACAUUAGAGCUUCAAUGAACAAUUAUUUACAUGAUCGGUUAUUUGUUUUAUCCAUAAAAUCUCAGAAUAUAGUGACAGAUGCCUCUUAUGAUUUCCAACAGCCUAAUACGUCUUUAAAUGUCACGCUUUGUCAGACCAACAGCCCGAAACCCAAAACUAUUCAGUUCACUAACAUGCACAACAGAAAAAAAAGCAAAAAUUCCUCACGUGAAAUAUAGAUCUGAAAUUAAUGAAAUAAAUCUUUGGCUUUUUUUCUUGAAAAAUAACUGAACCGUUUAUUUGAUUUGUCAAAAAAGUUCCUGAUUAGUUUCUUGCCUAUCAACUAAUCAGUUAAUCGUCUGAUCGUUGCAGCUCUAACCCUAACCCAGGAUAAUUUGACAGUUUAUGUUUCGCUGAUCCUUGUGUCCACACAAAUACGGAAAGUAUAAUUCAGUAGUAAGUUAGUCACCAUGUUAAGGUUCUGAACUUAACAUGGCGACACCCGAAGAGGUUACGACGCCAUUAAUGUCGAGAUCCGGGCAGAAAAAGAAGCCGCGACACAGACGGAUUGACAGGAUAACCAUCAAACACCAACUGGGUUAACAGCAGGUACUGUGUGUCAGUGCUUUAAAACAGAUCGAACAGGAAAGAAAGCUUCCGUACUCUGAGGUAAUCUUUAAUUUCACAUGCUAAUGGUAACUGUGACAAAGUGGUCAUUUAAAAACACUGAGUUGAAGUAAACGUGAUUAUUCUGGUUUUAUGUUGCUUCCACAAACACAGAGUUUAACCAUAAAAAGUGAUUCAUCUGGUUAUUUCAGUUUGUAUCUAUACAGUAUUUUGUGGCCUUUUGUAAAAGCAGCUGAUAGUCGUCUCACUUGGGAAUGAAGCCUUUGUAUUAGCAGUCCGAUUUUGCUUUGAUAUUUUCGUGAAAUGAUCAGCGAUGUGACUUUUGUGAGCUCUGCAUGAAAAUAUUGGUAACAGCAUGUUUGGUUUUCACCACCAGAGGGCAGAAUAGAGUCAGACACUCAACACCUACAAACCAGGUAGUUCCUGGGCUUUAAGAGGAACUCGUCAACGUUAGGGGAGACAUCCUCACUCUCUCUCUCUCCGAGAUGUUUGGACGAAUAUCCGUCCGUGUGUUGAGUACAGAGCCGGAGUCGGAACGUGGUUAGCCUAGCUUAGCAUGAAGACUGCACAGCCUCGCUCUGUCCCUAAAUACCCCUACCGACACCUCGGAAGCUGACCGAUUCACGCAUCGUAUCUCGUUUGUUCGAUACGCACACAAACGGAAACGUAAAAACGUAAAGAAGCCAAGUUCAUUAUAAUCACGUAAAAAGUCCCAUGGAAAUAUUUCUUGGUGGGAAGCCCGUGGGGGAUCACGCCCUUGUUUCUAGGGGCCCGGAUCCCAGGGAACAGAUUAUCAGUUCAAAAGAAGACCCCUGACCAAACCCUUAAAUCUCAACAGGUUGUAACUCAUUUGUUAAACCCAUACAAAAACACAACUGUGAAACAUAUUAACUCCAGUGCUGCGACCAGGCUGGUUCAACAUCCUGUCACGUGUCUGACUGAGUGUAAACAGGCAGAAAAAAGGACAGAUGUUCAGCUCCGGUGGAGAAAAUCAAAAUCUCAGCUAAAGAGGGGAUUUUAAAAAAGACGUGUUUGUACCGGAAGGAGAAAUAUUCAUGUUCGUAUCGAUUUUCAGUGAAAAUAAUUUGUGGUUAUGAGUUUGUGUAAUGAAGCUCAAGUGUCACUGAUUUAUUUGUAUAUAUUGGGAGUAUAGUGUUUUAUGAUGUUUCGGCCGUUUGUAGAUUAUUAUUAUUAUUAUGAUUAUUAUUAUGAUUAUGAUGAUUACUACCACCAGUAUAAUUACUAUUACAGUGCCUGCCAUGGUAGCUGAAGAAACUUCCUGACUCUCGCUUUAUGGACGUGACUGUUAAAAGCAAAACAAAACAAAAACAUUUUGCCAAAAAAAAAAAUAAA